AUGGAGGAUUUCCUCAGUGGGAAAUCAGGACUUAGUAUCCACAAGGACUGUGCAGUUGUCACUUCAACCACUGCCAUAAUGGACAAAUUCAUCUGCUACAGGGAGAUGAAUGAAGAUGAAGUCAAGACUUUAGAUAGAAACCUCUCUUCAAAGUGCCUGGAAGACAGCCUUGAAUUCCUUAAGGACCUUCAUUCUGAAACUCCUGAAGAGUACGCCUUAUUGAUGUAUGAUUCCAUUGGAAAAGAAGGCAGCAAUAUCCUACAUGGAAACAUUGAUCAAUUGGGAUCGUAUAGUGAAUGCACCUCAGCUCAAGCUCCUUCUGGAAAUUUUAGUGGACAAUAUUGUAAAGUAACAAUUCUACAGGGCAAGAUUGACUAUAAUGUUGCCAUUUGUGUACCCAGUUCUUGUAAGAAUGAUGAUAUAUUGAUGCUUGAAUGGCUUGGUAUUUUCACAUACAAGAACAAGUCUUUCAUAGCUCCUUCACCAAUGCUAUCAUUCAUUGUUGCCAAUGCUACAUACAGGGUGAAAAGUGUUCACUGCCAAAAUAAUAUACCUUACAUUGAUGUCUUUGUUGGCAUUUGUAUAUUUGUUGUUGCUCUUUUCAUUACCAUGACGAUAGCUGGGUCCAUAUUUAUAACAAUAAAGGAGUGGAAGAGUACUGGUAAAGUGAUGAAAGAUGUUUUAAGCCCAGCUCACAAGAAUUAUGAGACAGUUUCAUUUACCAAAAUAAAUGGCCAACGGUUACAAAAGAGCAUCACAAAAUCCAAGCAUGAAUCACCAGAACGCGGUGUAACAGAGGGAACAGAGAAGAACCGUAGAGUAGGAUUCCUUGAUUGGAUGCUAACAAGCUUUGCAAUACAAAAGAAUGUCCCUGUUGUGUUAUCCACCCAAAUCACUACAGGAAGCUAUUCCGUGAUAAAUGGGAUCCGAGUCCUGAGUUUAUUGUGGAUAAUCUCAGGGCAUGUCUGCCACUCUACUUUACUGAAUAACCUAGAUAAUCCAGUACAAUGGUUGUUGUCUGUCCCAAACAAUGUCCUUUCUAUUUUUUCCCUUGGUGGCCCUUUUUAUUUGUCAGUGGAUACCUUUUUCCUAAUUAGUGGUUUAUUGAGUGCUAAGACACUUUUAAACAUGCACCAGCAACCUGAGCAGGGACUGACCUUCAAAAUUGUAAAGGAUUAUGUGAUUAAGAGAUUACAAAGAAUUCUUCCACUCUACAUAUACACCAUGUGCUUAUUCAUUGGGAUGUAUUCUCUUAUUCCAUGGAAGUCCUUGGGAGAAAAUCCAAAGUCCCUCUUGGAUAAAUGCAGAAGGUCCUGGUGGACAAAUCUGCUGUUUAUUAACAACUUCAUUUUGAUUGACCAACGAUGCAUGGGUUGGACAUGGUACCUUGCAAAUGACUUCCAGUUUCAUACCACAACUCCUCUCUUCAUUUUUCUGCUGUACAGAUUGCUUUCUCAUGGGGUAUACAACACACAAUACUAUACAAAACCUUAUUGUCGCUAUGGUCCAUUCUUAAUCGGAAUCAUGUUGGGUAUUUUACUGCACCACAGAAAAACAUCUUUGCUAACCAAGACUUCAGUUCUUACCGGAUGGCUGUGUUCUCUGACCACAAUGGCUGCAGUAAUAGCACUGGGGUAUGCAUUGGAUGACUCUGUUGAGUCCUAUUCUGUAUCCCUUGUGCUAUAUCAGGCAUUACACAGGACUGCUUGGGCUGCUGCAGUUGGCUGGAUCAUACUUGUGUGUGAAGAAGGACAUGCAGGGUUUGUUAGUACUUUACUGUCCAGCAAGUUAUGGAUUCCGCUCGCCAAUCUCAGCUACGCCUGUUUUCUGAUACAUCCUGCUGUGAUAGAUAUGUAUUAUGGGCUACAGGAGACACUCCUUCAUUACACAGACAUCAACAUGUUUUACCUCUUCCUGGGUCAUACAGUUUUGGCACAAAUCAUAGCAUUUGUAUUAUGCAUACUCAUUGAAAAUCCUGUUCAAGCGUUAAGAAAGUACUUCUGA